AUGGACAGCAUGAACAGCUUUUGGCAAUUGGGUGAUGAGCUUCGAGGACAGUCAAAAGUCGCAGAAGAUCAAAAAUGGUUUAUGGCCGCUUCAAAGUUGGCUGAGCAGACAAGGGUAAAGGGCGAGCGUAUGAAUAACCUUGAUCUUUCAAAGGGCCCAGCCGAGACAAGGGCAAGGGAUAAAUUUGGGUUCCAGGAAGAUAACAAAUUUGAAAGCCUUAACUUUAACAUGCUGAGCUUGGACUCUAAAGUAAAUGAAAAUGUGAGCAAAAGUUCCUUUAGGAAUGGUAUUUAUAACAUGAAUGCAGUUUACCAGAAAAACAAUGCAAGUGUUGUGGGAAACAUCACUGGUAACAAGUACAGCAACAAAGAAAUCAACAACAGCAAUAUCAACAACGAAUCUGCAAAUACAGUUGAAAAAAGGUUCAAGACCUUGCCGGCAACCGAGACACUCCCGAGAAAUGAGGUGCUUGGAGGUUACAUCUUUGUGUGUAACAAUGACACAAUGCAGGAAGAUUUAAAGCGACAAUUAUUUGGUUUACCUCCAAGGUAUAGGGAUUCUGUUCGGGCAAUAACACCAGGCUUGCCUUUGUUUCUCUACAACUAUACAACACACCAACUGCAUGGCAUUUUCGAGGCAGCAAGCUUUGGUGGUUCAAACAUUGAUCCAACUGCUUGGGAAGACAAGAAAUGUAAAGGCGAGUCGAGAUUUCCUGCUCAGGUAAGGAUCCGUGUUAGGAAACUCUGCAAGGCUUUGGAAGAAGAUGCCUUCAGGCCAGUCUUGCACCACUAUGAUGGUCCCAAGUUUCGUCUUGAGCUGUCAAUUCCUGAGACCCUGGAUCUAUUGGACCUUUGCGAACAAGCGGCUUUUCCAUGGAGCGCAAGCUUGGGGGUUAAGUCUGGUGUUUACUUUAUCUUGUGGAGUUAUAUAGUGCUUAGCGUGAGUGAGAAGCCUGCUGAAUAA